AUGUCAGGCAGGGAAGUUAAAGAAUACACAAAUCUCUCCGACCCUAAAGAUAAGAAAUUAGGGAAAGGUAAGAUAGAUGAUGAAGACGUCACAUUCCAACGGAUGGUUGCAAAGAUGCAAGAGGUUGCUGGUGAGCGUGGAGGCUAUCUUCACGGCCGAGGAGCUUUGGAUAGCGAUGAUUUGCUUUAUCUGAAAGAACAGAUGGAAGCAGAGGAGGAUGCAGAACGUCUUCUGAGACGAACUGAGAAACGAGCUUUCGCUGCAUUUAAAAUAUCCUUUUUCUUGCUUGUUUAUGUUUAG